AUGUCGUCCAACGAAGAGGACUACAACGACGGCGAGAAUAGCCAACAGGGAUUUCAUGGCUCAAAAAAGCGCCGCAUACAGCGCGCCUGCGACAUCUGCAGGAGGAAGAAAAUUCGAUGCGAUGGCGUGCAAAUGCCGGGUAAUCGAUGCUCAAAUUGCAUAGCCUAUAGUUUUGAGUGCACAUAUGUCGAAGCUGCGAAGAAACGUGGCCCUCCUAAAGGCUAUGUGGAGAGUCUUGAGACACGAGUGGAGAAGUUGGAGAAACUCUUACGCCGGCUAUGUCCGGACGACAAGGUGUAUAAUGAAUUGAACAAAACUUUGGAAAAAGAUAAUUGGGCACUCGAUCCACCUCCCGCCAAUCCCAGCGCGCUGGUCCAAAAUCCUACAGGCCAACUCAAACCCUCUCCUCUCGAAAGCGUGACCUGCGCCAUUCGUGCAGCAGGCAACAAAACCGCACCCACACCUCCCCAACCUGAAGACGAUGAUGACGACAGUACCCUCAUCCUCGCCGAUAACCUCAAACGAUUGACGGUCGAUCCACAUGAGUAUCGAUUCUUCGGAAAGUCCAGUGGUGCCAUGCUCAUCCACACAGCCCUGGAGUUGAAGAACGAAUAUUCGGGCGUGGAGAGUGAUUCCAAGAUGCCAGUGCUGGGAAGGCAGCGGGCCGAGUUUUGGACUCUUCGUCCGUGGGAAAGCAGGAUCAAUGCAAAGAAACCUGCCCCCGUGUACCAGUUCCCGGAACCUGACCUUGCCGAGCACCUCAUCGAUCUGUACUUCGAGUACGUGAACCUCUACCUGCCCCUCCUCCACCGCCCGACGUUCGAGAAGUCGGUGCUGGAUGGGCUGCAGCACACAAAUCAGAGCUUUGCGUCGGUGUAUCUAUUGGUAUGCGCCGUCGGCUCGAGGUUCUCAGCGGACCCGCGCGUGCGCCUCGACGGCGUCGAGUCGUACCAUUCGUGCGGGUGGAAAUGGUUCGACCAGGUGCAGGUCGUGAAGAAGUCACUCCUCUCGCCGCCCUCGCUGUACGACCUCCAAUUCUAUUGUCUAUCAGUCCAGUUUUUGCAGGGUUCAUCCGCGCCGCAGUCGUGCUGGACGAUGGUGGGCAUUGGUAUUCGGCUAGCGCAGGAUGUUGGAGCCCAUAGGCGGAAGAUCCACACGCGGCCAGUGACGGCCGAAGACGAGCUAUGGAAGCGUGCCUUCUGGGUGCUCGUCUGCAUGGACAGAUCAGUCAGCGCUUCCUUGGGUCGACCAUGUGCCAUCCAAGAUGAAGACUUCGACGUCGACCUACCCAUCGAUUGUGAUGAUGAGUAUUGGGAUGACAGCGACCCUGAGAAACAGUUCAAGCAGCCGUCGAACAAAGCUUCCUUGGUCUCUGCAUUUAUCUUGCAAAUCAAGUUGAACGAGGUCCUGGCGUUCUCUUUACGCACGAUUUAUUCGAUCAACAAGUCGAAGAUCCUCCUUGGAUUCGUAGGGCAGCAAUGGGAGCAGCACAUCGUUGCCGAGCUUGACUCUUCGCUCAACAAAUGGGUUGACUCCGUCCCAGACCACCUACGUUGGGACCCCAACCGCGAAGAUGUGAAGUUCUUCAACCAAUCGGUGUCCCUAUAUGCGGCCUACUACCACAUCCAGAUCCUUAUUCACCGGCCGUUCAUCCCGUCCCCUAGCAGGCCGUCCCCGUUAUCGUUCCCCUCGCUCGCAAUUUGCACGAAUGCGGCCAGGUCGUGCAGUCAUGUUGUUGAUGUGCAGCGGAAGAGAAAUAAGAUGCCGCCGCCACAGAUUCAGAUGGCGACCUUCACGUCGGGCAUCGUGCUCUUGUUGAGUAUCUGGGGUGGAAGACGAUCUGGCCUGUCGACAGACCCCAACAGGGAGAUGGCCGACGUACACAAGUGUAUGCAGGUCCUUAGGACGUCUGAGGAGCGAUGGCACUCCGCUGGAAGACUCUGGGAUAUCCUCUAUGAGCUCGCCUCCGUUGGUGAUCUUCCACUUCCCCAACCUAGUCCUCCCACAACGAAUAAGAGAGAGCGGGAUUCAGAUACCCCUGUCUCAGCCGCUUCCUCAACACCCAGCAUCACCGCGCCUUCACCAGCCAGCAACGCACCAAGGAACAUCGCAGGUUCGAAGCGAUUGAACAAGGACGCCUCGUUGGCUGGACGAACAGCGCAGCCGGCGCAGGGAGCAAGGCCUGGCCCAACACCUCCCCAACAAUCAGGAUCAGUGCAGCAACCACGUCCGCAGCAGUCGAUCCCGAUCCUCUCGACGUCUCUGGCUCCGACGUCGACGCCGAGCUCCCAUCAGGUUGCCGUGCAGCAGGUCCGUGCAGAGUCGUCGUCGUCGGUGGGUGGCAUCGCCCUCCCGCAGGCGCCUGCGGCGGAGCUGUUCACAUUGCCGGUGUAUAGCGACGAGCUUGGACGAUUGCCCCUCCAUGGCCAAGUCAGGUUCUCGGCACAGCCACUUCCCCAGCAACACCCAAACCAAGGAAACUUCUGGUUUGGGGAUCCGACGGGAAGCGGCUCAGUCGACAUGGGCGGUGAGCCGAUGUCGAGCACAAGCACGUCGAGCAGCUCGUCGUUACACCGCCAGCCGUCUCUUGGACACAACUCGCGACCUAGCACAUCUCACCGCCAGCAGCAACAGCAGCAGGCGAGUAUGUUCGCCCCAAUGUCCGAGAUGAGCUCCAUGGCGCAGGGGUUCAACAUGGACCCGGCGUCAAUGGGGAUGAUGUUCGACUCGAUGACACCUUCACUCAGUACGUUCGGCCCACACGCAUCGUUCGAUAUGUCUGGGGUGGAGGGCACGGGUGGUCUCGAGUCAAUGACGGGAAUGGACCCCGGCUUCAGGUCGUCGGUCUCGAUGGAUGGAAGCCAUUUGCACCAACAGCAGCAUCAGCAACUCCCCCAUGCGCACUCGCAGCACCCGGCGCAGCACCAACAGAUGCAACAAGGCCAGCAGCAGGGUAUGAACUAUGGCUUCGUGGAUAGCGACACGAUGGCGAUGUGGUCUGCUGCACCGACCGGCUUUGAGCUGGAUGAGUGGGGCACAUAUUUGACGAACGUUAGUGAGCUGACUCAUUCACAUGGUCAACCUCAACCCUCUGGUUCUGGGAUGCACCUCCAUCAUCCUGGCCCGUAA